GGGAGAAGGCUGGAGCUGCGCCGGUGGCGGCUCGGCGCAAGCUCGCCGGCCCGGCCUCCGCCGCCCGCUGACUCGCAUCCCCGCUUCCCUCCCGCCGCGUCCCCGCUCGAAGAUGGCAACAGACGGGCUGCACGAGAACGAGACGCUGGCGUCGCUCAAGAGCGAGGCCGAGAGCCUCAAGGGCAAACUGGAGGAGGAGCGGGCCAAGCUGCACGACGUGGAGCUGCACCAGGUGGCCGAGCGCGUGGAGGCCCUGGGGCAGUUUGUCAUGAAGACCAGAAGGACCCUCAAAGGCCACGGGAACAAGGUUCUGUGCAUGGACUGGUGCAAGGAUAAGAGGAGGAUCGUGAGCUCCUCGCAGGAUGGGAAGGUGAUCGUGUGGGAUUCCUUCACUACUAACAAGGAGCACGCGGUCACGAUGCCCUGCACGUGGGUGAUGGCGUGUGCGUAUGCCCCAUCGGGAUGUGCCAUUGCAUGCGGUGGCUUGGAUAAUAAGUGUUCUGUGUAUCCACUGACGUUUGACAAAAAUGAAAACAUGGCUGCCAAAAAGAAGUCCGUUGCUAUGCACACCAACUACCUGUCGGCCUGCAGCUUUACCAACUCUGACAUGCAGAUCCUGACAGCGAGUGGCGACGGCACGUGUGCCCUGUGGGACGUGGAGAGCGGGCAGCUGCUGCAGAGCUUCCAUGGGCACGGGGCCGACGUGCUCUGCUUGGACCUGGCUCCCUCAGAAACCGGGAACACCUUCGUGUCCGGGGGAUGUGACAAGAAAGCCAUGGUGUGGGACAUGCGCUCCGGACAGUGCGUGCAGGCCUUUGAAACGCACGAAUCUGACAUCAACAGUGUCCGAUACUACCCGAGUGGAGAUGCCUUUGCUUCGGGAUCAGAUGAUGCUACGUGUCGCCUCUACGACCUCCGGGCAGACAGGGAGGUUGCCAUCUAUUCCAAAGAGAGUAUCAUCUUUGGAGCUUCCAGCGUGGACUUCUCCCUCAGUGGUCGCCUGCUGUUUGCUGGAUACAACGAUUAUACCAUCAACGUCUGGGAUGUCCUCAAGGGAUCCCGAGUCUCCAUCUUGUUUGGACAUGAAAACCGUGUUAGUACUCUACGAGUUUCCCCUGAUGGGACUGCCUUUUGCUCAGGAUCAUGGGAUCAUACCCUCAGAGUCUGGGCUUAAUCAUAAUUCACAUAUAGGUACCUGAGGAUAGAAUUUGAAAUCGUCACAUGUAAAUAGAUCUUGCUUCUAGAGGAUCUCAGAGUUUAUUGCAACUUAGCUUAAGGGAGCAGCUCCAUGACUGAAAGUUCAGCAAGCAUCUCCAAUAUUACUGUUAAAACCACCACUCUGGAAAGAUCCCAGUGUGAGCCUUUAGCACUAUGAGAACACCUUCAAGUACAGUGUUUUUCAUUUCAAACACUUUUUAAAAUGUAUCUGUUUUUAAGGUUAUUCUAAACUAUCGUCUCAACUCAUUCUAUCCCCAGUACAGUUCAGCAUAUAAUAUAUUCCAUAUUGUUUCCUUGAAUCAAAUUUAUUUUUCGGAGCACUUUAAAAGCUGAUUUUUCUCAGUGUACACUGUGACUUUUGGAACGUUCCCCUGCAAGUGCUGACUUUAAUGCACUGUGUGAGAAGGACAGUGUUAAUUGGUCUUUGAUAGAAGAGAAUGCCAAUUCCAAAUAUAAUUAGACAGAAUCAAUUUUUUUAAAGUGUUUUUUAUGGUGAAAGUAUCCUUUUCAGCCUUGCGUCCUAUUGUAUUUUUUCAGAUAAAACAUUUUCAUAUGUGUAAACAGUUAUAAAUGAAGCAGAGAUAUCAUAAAAUAGAAGGUUUGAUGUGUGAAUCUUGUGAUUGUGGGAUAUAUCUCUGCAUCAUGGGGACAGGACGUUUUCUUAGAGGGAAACGCUGAAUGUUGUUUGUGACACAAAUGCUUCUCAGAGCAACCAAAACCUUUCUGUGUAGGAACACAAGACAGUAAACUCAUUUAAAAACCUGUUUGUAGUGUUAGACGUAUUAGGAUUAGUAGCAUCUACUCAGGCUAAAAUGAAUCUUGUUCAUAUCGUUAUACUCAUCUUUAUUGCAUUGCAAGUGCAAUUACAUAUACAAAUUAAUUGAUAGGUCUCGAACGAUAAUGUCUUUGUUUCACUUAUAUUGAGGAAAAAUAGCAUAAAAUAUAUCUUGUCUUUAUGUGAAAUUCAGCAGUUCCUUCUGGAAGGUACCAAGUGUUUUAGUUACAGGAUCCCUUAUUUUCAGUUCUGUUUUGUUUUAAGGUGUAGAGGCUGAUUCUUUGUUUUAGAAAACUCCUCACUCAUAAAGAUGGCAUGUACCACUUAGGGAAAUAGAAGGUCAUCUCAGACCAAAAAUGGUUCCUGGGUGAGGCUUGCCCUGUGGGUGGUCUGGGGUCUGGCAGGCCAGGUUCUCCUGGUGCCCGAGGGCUGUGUGUGCUGAGUCCCCUGGAUCCUCGGUCCCCUCUCUUGGCCCUGCUCCAGCCUGGCCCUUUUCCUAAUGGUAGUUCUGGCUUUGCAGGCCCAGCCGCAGGCUCUGCUGCUUGAAGUUGCCCUUCCAGGGCUGGAGCCAUCCGAUAGGCCUGGACCCAGUGCCCCUGUAAACCUCAGGGGGCGUGCCAGGCCCACCUGCAAAACAACUUGUUCAGGUAUCAAGAUGGGCCCAGUCAGUCAAAAAUUACCCAAGCCAGCUUUUCAAUCAACUCUUUUUAAAUAAACAAUGAUUAUAUGCAAUCAUUUGCCAAGAAAACAUUUACCAAGGGUUUUACUACACAACAGGCCCUGGAGUAGAGAAAAUAUGAAAGGCUCCUGCUCACCCCCCUACCCCCUCACCCCCCUCCUCUCGCAUCCCCCAGACCUCCACCCCGCCCUACCCACCUUGAGAGCCCAGAGGGAAGGGGGGGCGGAGCAUGGUCCAGAGGGACAACUUUUCAGCCACCUUCUCCCUCUAGUAUAGAUUCCAGUCUGAACAGGCGCUCAGGGAAAUGGGCACAGGGUCUACCCAGCUCCUGCCAACUGCUGAAGGGCUGGCCCCACAAUGUGUCCUGUGAAAUUCUCAAGCUCUGCUCCCAGAAUGUUCCUGAGCUUG